CAGGGGCCGGCCCUGGGGUGCCUCCAGCCCGGCUCUUCUUAAGCCCCGCUCCCGCUCCUUCUCCUCCUCCUCCGCCGUCUCCUCCGCCAAGAUGCCCCGCUACGAACUCGCCCUGAUCCUCAAAGCCAUGCAAAGGGGUUGGUACAGUAGGCCUCAGUAGACUUAGCUGCAACUAAGAAUUUCUCCUACAUCAACAAAGUUAAUGGUGAUGCUCUUGUGGAUUGGCGAAUAAAAGUUCACGUUAAAUAUUUAAGAAGCGGAGAAAACAAUUUUUGUCUUCUCAAAGUUGUACCACAACCACUACCAUCAAGACAGCAAACAAAUGGACAAAGACUUUGAUCCAGAGUGUUUGUAAAACUAAAGUGAUUAAUCUUCCUAAGGCUUGAGGUCUGUGAUCUGGACAUCAACACUUGGAAGUUACUUUGUUUACAAAAAUGAGGGCGGCUUUGGAACCAGCAGACAUUGCUGUUGUGGCACUGUAUUUUGUGCUUGUCAUGUGCAUAGGCUUUUUUGCCAUGUGGAAAUACAAUCGAAGCACUGUAAGCGGUUACUUCCUAGCAGGGCGAUCUAUGACAUGGCUAGCAAUUGGUGCUUCCUUGUUUGUGAGCAACAUCGGGAGUGAACACUUCAUUGGGCUUGCAGGAUCUGGAGCAGCAAGUGGAUUUGCCGUGGGGGCAUGGGAGUUCAAUGCCUUAAUGCUUUUACAAGUCUUAGGAUGGAUCUUUGUUCCAGUAUAUAUACGAUCUGGAAUAUACACCAUGCCUGGGUACUUAUCCAAACGUUUUGGAGGGCAUAGAAUUCAAGUAUACUUCGCAGUGCUGUCUCUAAUACUAUACAUCUUCACCAAACUUUCAGUAGACUUGUAUUCAGGUGCAUUAUUCAUUCAAGAAUCACUGGGCUGGGAUAUUUAUUUGUCAGUUAUUUUGUUGAUUGGAAUGACUGCAUUGUUGACAGUGACUGGGGGUCUUGUGGCAGUCAUUUACACAGACACAGUCCAAGCGUUGCUUAUGAUUAUUGGUGCCUUCACACUUAUGAUCAUAAGUAUUAGAGAAGUUGGAGGGUUUGAAGAGGUUAAAAGAAGGUACAUGUUGGCAAAACCAAAUGUUACAUCAAUCUUGUUGACACAAAAUCUUUCUAAUACUAAUUCCUGCCAUGUUGACCCAAAGCCUGAUGCACUGAGAAUGUUGCGUGAACCAACUGAUGAAGAUAUACCUUGGCCUGGUUUCCUGUUGGGGCAAACUCCAGCUUCUGUAUGGUACUGGUGCGCAGACCAAGUCAUUGUUCAGCGGGUUCUGGCAGCAAAAAAUAUUGCUCAUGCCAAAGGAUCCACUCUAAUGGCAGGUUUUCUAAAGCUUUUGCCUAUGUUCCUUAUAGUUGUUCCGGGAAUGAUUUCACGGAUACUAUUUCCAGAAGAUAUUGCAUGUAUUAAUCCAGAACACUGUAUGAAAGUUUGUGGGAGCAGAGCUGGAUGCUCUAAUAUUGCCUAUCCACGUUUGGUAAUGAAGCUUGUUCCUGUUGGCCUGCGAGGCCUUAUGAUGGCUGUUAUGAUUGCUGCACUAAUGAGUGAUCUGGAUUCCAUAUUUAAUAGUGCCAGUACGAUAUUCACACUUGAUGUCUACAAGCUCCUUAUACGGAAGAGAGCAUCAUCUAGAGAACUGAUGAUUGUUGGAAGAGUUUUUGUUGCUUUCAUGGUGGUAAUAAGCAUUGCUUGGGUCCCAAUAAUAGUGGAAAUGCAAGGAGGCCAAAUGUAUCUAUAUAUACAAGAGGUAGCAGACUAUUUGACACCACCAGUGGCUGCUAUAUUUCUGUUGGGUGUAUUUUGGAAGCGUUGCAACGAGCAAGGAGCCUUCUUUGGUGGAUUGGUUGGCUUUGCUUUGGGAGCUGUCCGACUGAUACUGGCAUUUAUCUAUCGUGUUCCGGAGUGUAAUCAACCAGACACUAGACCAUUCUUUAUCAGAAGUAUCCAUUAUAUGUAUGUUGCUACUGGGCUGUUCUGGAUCACUGGAAUUGUGACAGUAAUAAUUAGCUUUCUUACACCACCGCCUUCAAAGGAACAAAUUCGGAUGACAACGUUCUGGUCUAUGAGAAGCAGAAAAGUAAAAGAGAGCACUUCUGUGGGCAAUUCUUUGAAAACACAAGAGAAGACCAUUUUAAAAUAUAGUGAAAGUCCCAAUCUUGCCUCUUUAGAUGGAAAAUCUGAAGAAAAUGUUAAAAAUGAUUCACCAGAAAAUGUCAAUCUUCUAAUUACUUGCCGUGAUGACAGCAAUCCAGUGAUUUCUCUAAGUAACUCUGAGGUUGAGACACCAGUUGAUUGUUACUCUAAUGGCCAGGCAGCUUUGGUGGGCCAAAAGAAGAUUGAGGAGGAGACAGAAAGUGGUGACAAAAACUGGAAGUUUAUAGAUUGGUUCUGUGGUUUUAAAAGUAAAAGCAUGAAUGAUAGAGUCAUCCCAGAUAAGGGGGAAGAUGAGACUAUUUGUCUACAAAUGCUGGAAGAGACCCCCAGAGUUAAAUUACUACUAAAUUGUGGACUAAUUUGUGUGUGUUCACUUGGUAUAUUCAUGUUUGUUUAUUUUUCUUUGUGAACAAAUGUGUAAUUUUAAAGGUAUACUCAAAAAGAAGUAAUGGUUGCUGGAGAUAUAUUUAUAUAUAAAUGUGUGUGUUUGUGUCUUACAUCUCAGGCAUUCGUUACACUAUUAUUAUCAGCCAAACUAUUUUCAACCAAUCUGAAAAUCAUCAGACUUUCUACUUUACAACAUUGCUGGUUUAGCACAGAAUGUCUGGGGAAUUUAAUGUUCAGAACUAAAAACUGAGUUUUAAUAUACCAAAGUAAGAAAAAAGAAGGGUGUGUUAAAGGAGAAAUAUUACAGCAGUUUGUCAAAAGUCCUGCAAAAGUAAAAAUGACAAUUUCAUAUCUGGUCAAACCUGUUAUGAAGCAUGUUGCAUAAUAUUUUUCAGCAUAAGCUGAUGCCAACUUCUCAAUUAUUUAAAUAAGUAAUUCUUCAUGGCUCCCCAUCUUUAAACAUCAGAUCUAGUUAUAUUCAAAACGAAUCUUGAAAAUUUUAAUUGAAUUGUAUCUGUCACUUCAUACUUCACAUGGCUGGAAAUUUUGAACUGCUAAAUCCUACAGCUCUUUGUCUUUUCCAGAGAACCAAAUAUAUAUAUUUUUUUCAGAUGUGUGCAUAUGCUGCCUCCUUUAGUGUUCUGUUUAGCAGCAGUGAUUUAAAACAGAUUAUUUACAAAGAAAAUAGAUGCUUUCAAAGCAAUGUGGGGAAAAAAUAUCUGGAUCAGCCUACCCUACCCUUGCCCCGCCCUCACCUAAUGGGCUACAACUCCCAUCCCUUCAUUAGCCUGGCUGAUAGGAUUGUGGGAAUUAUUGUCUGGCACAUCUGGAGAACAUCAGUUUGGGGAAGGCGGCUAUAGUCAGUGGGUACAAUAUGAGUCUGAUUGGUACGUGUAUUACUGGAUAUUGUAACAAAAUACUUGUCAUGUGCUUUUGUUGUUUUCUUAGGUUUGAAUUUUGUUCAUUAAUAUAUUUAGGAGGAUAGUCAUUCCUCCCAUUGUAUGUUGUUAGAGGGGGGAAAUAUAGUAUCCCUUCACAAAGCCAGUGUCUGUAAAAUUUGUAUUUAUACUGUAAUGGUUUGUCUGAGACUGUUCAGAGAUGGAUAUGGAAGUAAUUAUAACACAGUUCAGUUAUCUGAUUAUAACAUGUUGAAUGGGAAAAGCAGAAUACAGUUUGAGUCUCCCUUAUCUUGGAAUUCCAAAUUCCAAAAUGUUCCAAAAACCAAAACUUCUUUCGUGGGUGGCUGAGAGAGUGACAUCUUUGCUUUCUGAUGGCUGUGUACAGAAGUAUGUUUCAUGCACAAAAUUAUUAAAAGCAUUUCUUAAGAUUACCUUCAGGCGUAUAAGGUGUAUGUGAGACAUAAAUGAAUUUUAUUUUUAGACUUGAGUCCUGUCUCAAAGAUAUCUCAUGUACAUAUAUGCAAAUACAGGUAUCCCAAAAUGCAAAAAAAUCUAAAAUGCUUCUGGUCUCAAGCAUUUUGGACAAGGGAGACUCAACCUGUAUAGUAAGCCUUCCAUUUUAUGGCUCUUGGGUUUAUUUUUGGUGCAAGGUGGGUAGGCUUGGAGGGAGAAUAAAACAGGUUUCUCGCCCCACCCCAUUUAAAAAUCAAUUUUUGCAGUUCCCAGGCAUGUUUAGGGUACAUGUCUCCUGUGGGGUUGCUUUGCAUAGUGCUGCUUACACAGGAUUUAUUAAUACAGUACAGGCUUAAAUGGUGAGUACUCUCAACUAAAAUAUCAAUUCCAGCAAUUGUAAUUGUCAGCUUCAGUACAGAGAGAAGCAUUACAGGCAGUAUUUCUCUCAGGCUUGGAUUUUAAUGACAGUCAGACCUUGUCCCAUCUGCAGCUUUAGUAGUCAUGGCAGGAAGAAAUUCCACCCCAACUCCGUUCCCAUCUCCCAGUGCUCUGAAUUUUAUAGAUGGGACUAUAGAGGAUAGUAUUGGCACCUCCCUUUAAGAGCCUUGGCAAUCCCCAGAAAAUUGAGAUGGCGGGGGCCCAUGGUGGUGGAAACUGGCAAAUAUGAGGGAAUUUGGAACUUUUAGUGACAAUUCUUCAGUAUUCUGUCAUGGCAUUUGUGAUUGCUAGUGCCAAUUCAAAUUGUGCCUGGAAGAUUUACAACCUCCAGUGUUAAAGAUCAGAGCUGAAAUCUGCAAUUUAACAAGAAGUGCAUUCAUCUACUUCAGUGUUUGGAACCUGUGGCCUUGCAUGUGUCUACUUCAUGUCCCAUCUUUCCUGACCAUUCAUAUUGGCUGGGUUGGAAGAAAGUUUGAAUACAACAAAUGGAAGGCUUAAGGUUCCACACCCCAUGUUGCAAUGGUUAAAUCUUGGGAGUUAGCAUCCUAACUCAUAAUGGAAGGCAUUUCUUUAUAGAUUUUCUGACACCUUGCAAAUUCUUAAGAUGGCAAGGGCUGCCACAACAGCUGACAAUUAUUCUGGAAUAACUAAAAGAACAAAUGGAGAGAAUUUUAAUUGGUGGUAUUGUCUGUAAUCAAAGUGCCCUGCCAUUUCUUAUUGUAUUAGUGAAACAGCUUGCUCACUAAGGUGACAUUAAUUACUAAAUGGUUCUAGAAUAUAAACAGAAUAAUUUAUUCUGAUAAACUCUUGGCUUUCAUGUUGAACUUUAAAUGGAGCCUGUUGUGUAAUGUACUAGAGAGACUGGUUUAGAUUGCUUCUGUUCAUAAGUACAUGAAUGGUGAGGUUCCUUGUAUACUGGGUUGGGAACCUUUACAAACCAGUGGCCUUCUUUGGCCAAAGCAAGUGAAUGACACCAGCUCUGGAAUGCAGAUAAAUGCAACCACUGCUAAAUAAGAGUUGUUUUUGUCAGCACUUGCAGAGAUGGCUUUGAAUGAAUUGCCAGCUGUCAUUGUGCAGGUGGGUUAGCUCAGGGAUCUCUUUGGCUCCCACCCUUCACUCCUAAGAUGCCUUGCAUAUACUAAGCCAUGUAUGUCCCACGCCUUACUGCCACUUUAAAACAGCAAUGUCUAAUACUCCCUUUGCCCUAAUCCCAAGUCACUUAAUACUUUAUGCACUGUUAUGAAUGUAUAUGGCAGAGUUUAAUUUGGAUCUAAGUCAAUUCUUAAUGCAAUACAGCCAUGUAACAGUGUAGUGCAUAAACAUCUAAAUAUUGGAUUAUUUUACAGUUUAAACAAUAAUGGAAAACUUUUCCAAGAUCUAUACGGGAAAAAAAGAUUGCUAUUUUAUCCAAUCUGGGCCUUAUAGAAAUUUCUGUUCUUUUAUUAUCUGUAUGGUUUAUGUAGCCUACAACAUUUUUGUCAGAUUGCGGCAGUUUCUAAUGCUUUUGCCAGGUUAGAAAACCAGAGGUUGCCUGUCAGUUUAAAACAUCAAAAGCAGUGAGCAGGUUGGUAGCAUUGUCAUUUCUUGCCCAGCUGUACUAACUUUGAAUGAGGGCAGCUAUAGAUCUGGUUAGCACAGUCUUUGGAAAGAAAGGGUGAGCAGAGAGGCUAUUGUAACACUGGGAUGUUUACCUUUUUUCUAUAUCUGAUGUCUUAGGGCAGGUUCAGGUGAACAGCUAAACCAAGUUAAGCCAGAAUAUCAAGGUAUAAUGUAAUAUUCUGAGUUUGUUAAUUAGCCUUGCUUACAGCAAUUGACACUUUGCUGAGCAUGUAACUAGAAGGAAAUGGAUGUAUUCUAAAGUUUCCUGCUGCUUGUGAAGGAGAAAGUAAAGAAAGCAAGUGCAUCCUAGGUCCACUGUAGUGCAUUGAGUCAUUUAAACUGCCCAGAUAAUCAUCCUAACUGAUCUGUUAGGUUACAGGCUGUCUCUGUGCUAAAACCUGUUUCUUGCUAUUUAUCUCUUUAGCGGAAGAUAUCCUAAGUGUAACUUAAAUAAUGUAACCUCCUAAUUUAGUCCUUCUGUAGUUGCAAGAACCAUGACCAAGUUGGGCUUCCCAUAUUCCUUUAUUCUUACUACUGAACAUUCCUUUUAGAAUACCUUGUAAUAAUGCUGUUUCUGUCCAAAUAUGAAAGUGAAUCUGUGGUAGCUUGUUAUAGUGCCUUUUAGUAGAAAAAUAUAACCUUGUUAGGUUAGUGUACCUCAUCUGUGAUGAAAAUACAUCUGUUCUGAUUCUUCACAUUUCUACCGAUGCCAUGAGGGAGCAUUUAUAUUUUUCUAAAUCCUUCCCAUAUGUGUCUCUGUAGUCUUACAAACAAGAAAUUAUUAAAACAGUAGGGUGUAGCCUAAAUUAACUGUUAACGGUAUGGUAUUGAUUUGUUUUGUUUGAAAAGAAGGCUUAAUGACAAUUAACCUCUAAAUAAUAAAACCAUGCUAUCUGUAUGUUGCAUUACAUUGGCAUCUGCUACACAAAUAUAUUUAGCAAAGUUAAAGGUAACUAAAACAAAAAUUGUCCAAAGAAAAAAAGUUACAGCACAUUGUGGUCUCGUUGUUGUCUCUUGGCAGUUGUGCCAAGAAGAACUCUAUUUUAAUAUAAUUUAAUGUCAAUAAAAACUAAGUGUUCUUGAACUUGUAAACCACUGCAAAUUCCGUUUUUUGAUACUAUGAACGAUGUGCUAGAAAUUCUUUUUGUUGCAUUCCAUGAAUAUACCUCUCAUUAGUCUUGUGGUUUGUAGUAUAGACAGAAAGGAUCUUUGCUUGCUGUAGUACAAUUUGGCUGGCUGUGUUCUUGUAGCUAACAGAAAUUCAGAGGGACUGUUCCCCACAGACUGUCAUUAGUUCAUGCCAAGCUUUUGGCCUCUCUCAGUGGCUCUAUCCCAUGCAAAUCUCCCAACGAUGGAGCUGGCCAGUUACCUGGGAUUUCCUUUUGGGUCUCUGGCAAUUUAUUGUGUUGCAUGUAAGCAUAACACUUAAUUGAGCCCUACUUCAGACUUUCAUACUGUGUCUUAAAAGGAGUUUAAAUGUUAAUUUGAAUAUUUAAAGGAAUAGAAGCUUUAUCUGAAGAAACUUGUAUGAGGGCUUUAUAUUUGCACUGUACAGUAUUUAGGGGAAACACAGCUUCUGUUUUGGAAAGCAUUUCUUAUUCUCUUUUGUUGCCAAAGUUUCCCCCCACCCACUACUGCUUUGCUAUUCAGAAGCAACAAGAGGUUAAGUGACUGUGUGUGGACCACAUCUCUUCCUUUCUAUCACCAUUUCAAAAAUCUGAGCAUAGUACUUGUACCUUGAUACUUCAUAAAUUGUCUUGCUAGUUUGAAAUAUCUUCCAAAAAGGAAAAAAAAUAAGGAAAGGGAUGGAGUGUGGGCUAUCAUAUACAGAUAAAUGUACUUGUAGACUUGGCAGACAGAAAAAAUGUGCUUUUGUUAAAUAUUACAGCUUUAUUUUAAAAUCAUUCUUCUAAGAUAAAUUAUGAUAUAUUGGUAUAUAUAUAUAUACACACACACACGUAUGUGUGACCCCCUCAAAGUAAACAUACUAAAUUCACAAAUUAGUUUUUAAAAUUUUAGAGUAUGGCAGUGUAUUUAAAUUAAAGAUAUUAAUUGUUUUUCAGUUUAAUGUAUGUUUUGUGCCUGCCCUUAAAAGUAAAUGUUUUGAAGAUAAAGCUAAUGGUGUUAAUAUGUGAUAUUCUAAAACAAAGAUGUGUGAAAUGCUUAAAGGCUCUUAUCAGAGAAACUGUGCAUAACUCAGUGGUUUUAAAUACGUAUGUUUUUAAUUAACUUUAGGAUAAAUAGUAGUUCUAGAAUGUAAGUAUAUAUAAUUGGGAUUUCUAAUUUCACUGUGAGCUCUUUCAACUUUCGUUGGCAAAAAAGCUUUUUCUUUCUUACAAACAGUUUCUGGGGGUAUUGUUUUGAAAGCAAAUGCUUUAUUUUUGUUCUGAUUGUAUCUAAUAUAAAAUGUUAGGUAGUGACAUCUGGUGACUACUUUUCCAUAGCAUUUACUGGGCAAAGACACUGAGUGAAGAUGAUGAUGACAUAUGACGGUACUAAGUGUCUGUGAAUACAUGCUUUUAAAUGAGGUGGAUAUAAAAAUAGUUGCUGUGCAAAAAAAUUAGUAGUCUUCUUCAAGAAGAAAGCAAAUUCUUUUCUAAUAAUGCUAGAGAAAUACCUUUUUGUUCAUACUCUUAGUUUUAUGUACAGUGUCAAAAGUGAUGCUGCUUUUACCUUGUACCCUUUUGAUAAUAAGUAUACUUUUUCAAGAUAUGUCAGGUGUUUUUCUUUCUGUUUUUGCUGCUCUUGUACUUUUUGUAGCUCUCAUGCAGAUUAUAAAUCAAUUAAUUGCUUUAUUAUUUUUUUAAAAAAAGAAACAGUAAACAAAGAUUUUGCAGACCAAAAACAAAUGAAAUACAGCAUGUCAAGUUUUCAACUACCACUGUAAUUUUGGUGGAAAUGAACCAAAUGAGCAUACAGAUGUAGUGAACCUUGUUGAUUCUAGGGCUCUUUGGUUAAGUUUUAUUUUAAAUGUCCAUUUGACAAGAAGGGACAUUUAAUAAUAUGUAAUAAUCUAGACUGAGAAGUAUUAAGAAAUGAAGUCUCUUUAUUAUUGCUACCGUCCAUAAUGAAAAAUUUGUCACAGAAAAAUGAUUCAAGUACAGAGAAUAUGGUUUGUAUGAAAUUGAACUAAACCUGAUUAAAAACAGUUCUCUUUGCUAGCCCUUGUGUAUAUUGUUUGUUGUAUACUGUAUUUGUAUUAUUUUUUUGCUUCCUCAAUUAGUCUUCAAAAUAAACUCUUAUUAGAGUAUUCAGAUAAUUAAAACUGUAUUUCUUGCAGUUUACAUUCCUUUUGAAUAUUGAAUUUUGUCCUGUCAAAGUCAUUGUAUGGAAAUGUUUAAACUUCUGUACAAAGUUUAAAUAAAAGUGCAAAAUAAAGAUUU